AUGGAGAGUGAAAUUCAAUUAGCACAUUUUAGAAAAAUACAUUAUAUUGUUAUGACAAUAUUCUUAAUUUUAUUCUUUUUAUUUACAAUAAUAUUAGGAAUAUUUGGACCAUCAGAAUAUUCUUUAAAGACACAAAGUGGUUUUAAAUCAGUAGAAGGAGAUGGGUUUCAAUUUACAUUACCUGUAUUAAAUAAGAAUGAAUUAGAAUUAAAGGUAAUGUAUCAACAAAAGAUAAAUAUUAAUAAUAAUUAUAAUAUGACAAUAUAUGAAAAAAAGUCACAAGCUAUUGAAGUAAAUUUUAUUGAUAAAGAUGAUAAAAUUAAUGAAACUAAAAUAUUUAAUUUUACAUGUACAUAUAGAAAAGAUAUUAUUUGUGGUAGAGUAGAAAUUAUUGAACAAAAAGUAUAUAGAAAAGGAAAAGGUAUAAUUUCAUUAAAAUUAAUUGAUAAUGAACCACAAGAUGGUAUUAAAGUUUUAGGGAAUCUUAAUGUAUUUACUUCAACAGAUAGAUAUACACAAAUUAAUAUAUUAUAUUCAUUAAUUGUAUUUAGUAUAUCUGUAAUUAUUUUUAUUGUCUAUGUUAUUAUAGAACUUAGAUAUUUACAGAAGAAAGGAAGAUUUAAUGGAUUACAAUUAAUGAAUGGAUUAUUAGUAUUUGCUGUUGUUGGUCAUACAUUUCCAUGGAAUGCUGUUGCAUAUUCAAUUCAAUGGAUUGGAGUUUUUGCAUUAAGUAAAGCAUCAUAUUCAGUAUUUAAUGUUGUAUUUAUUUGUUAUUUAUUCUUUAUGCUUGAUUCAUUUAUGAAACAAAAUGGAACUUCAUCAAAAAAAGUAGUUUGGAUAACCCGAGUAUUACUAUUAUCAAUUUUUGUAGUUUGUAGAUUAACAAAUACAACUCUUCAUGCUGUAUGUUCAGUUCAAAAUGUAUUAAUUCCAAAAAAUACUCUUCAUAGUACUUCAAUAUUUUUUGAUGUUAUUGAAGGGUUAUUAUAUUUCUUCCUUUAUUCAUGGGCAUUAUAUCAUCUUGCUAUGACAUAUAAUAAAGUAACUAUUCCUAUUAUUCAAAAACAAUUAAAUUAUUUUGCUGCAUGUACUGCUUUAUUUUUAUUAGUACUUAUUUUCUUAUUAUUCUUUUCAGGUAUUAUUUCUGAAGAAACAACUUUUGCUACAUACUUUGAAAAUGGAAGUAUGGUUGUUUAUUUAAUAUCAAUGUUAUGUGCUUUUUUACCUUCAUUAUCUCCAGUAAAAAAUGAAUGGUCAAUAUUUUAUAAUGAAAUGGAUGAUGAUCAACCAUUAUAUGAUGAAGAAGACUAA